AACUCGAGUGAAUUAACGCAAAAUGAAUGUUAUUCUUUCGGCAACCCUUCUUUUCCUUCUAAUCAACGGUCCAUUUUAUGUGGAAUGUGUGUUACCACUUGUAAUAAACACAUGGCCGUUCACAAAUGCAACAGAAAAGGCUUGGAGUGUAAUCAAUGGAGGUCAAUCUACACUAGAUGCUGUGGAGGAAGGCUGUACAGUAUGUGAGGUACAGCAAUGUGACGGCACUGUGGGGUAUGGUGGAAGCCCUGAUGAGUUUGGAGAAACUACCCUGGAUGCAAUGAUUAUGGAUGGGGAUACGCAUACAGUUGGUUCUGUGGGUGGACUUCGUCGUAUUAAGAGCGCCAUCUCGGUAGCAAGGGCAGUCAUGAUGUACACAACAGAGACUCUACUUGUGGGCGAAUCAGCCACCAAAUUUGCAAUUGAGAUGGGAUUUCAGCAAGAAAACCUAACAACCAACAGAUCAAGAUCAAUAUGGGAGGAAUGGCAAAAAGCAAAUUGCCAACCAAACUACAGACAGAAUGUCUCUCCCGACCCUUCAGGGUCAUGCGGCCCAUACACUCCGGUGAACGCCAAUGCUCUGAAGACAUCAACUAGAGAGCGCUAUAACAGUGAUAUCAACAAGAAUAAUCAUGACACAAUCGGAAUGAUUGUAAUCGACUCCAAUGGACGUAUCGCUGGGGGUACAUCCACGAAUGGCGCCAAUCACAAAGUACCAGGGAGAGUAGGGGAUUCCCCUAUCACUGGGUCAGGUGCCUAUGUAGAUCGAGAUGUGGGCGGGGCAGCAGGAACUGGUGAUGGGGACGUGAUGAUGCGGUUUUUACCAAGCUAUCAGGUUGUAGAGAAUCUAAGGAAUGGGAUGUCACCUGACAAGGCGUGUCAGUCAGCCCUUCAGAGAAUCAUCAAAUAUCACCCAGACUUUAGUGGUGCUCUUAUAGCCGCCACCAUCGAUGGGCAAUAUGGUGCAGCUUGUCACGGUUUUUCAUCUUUUCAUUAUUCAGUGAGGAAUCCGUCCAUGUCUUCAGUACAAGUCCUAGAGGUUCCUUGCUCAUCAGCCUCUAAUAACCACUUGUAAGAUACUAAUCUCUGUUCUGAAAGGACAGUUUCUGUUUCGCUUGACGAUCAUCAUCAGCAUCAUCUGUAGCAGAUUUUAUCAUCAAUUUAAAUAUUUCCACUUCAUCACAGUUUGUUUACAAUUGUCAGCUGAUUUUACUACACAACCAUCAAUUGCUUUUCAUAUACCGUAAGCAUAAUCAACAGACCAGCAUUUCGUUUGAUAUCAUCACUUUUGUUCACUGCUGGUCAGCCUAUUCAACAUUGUGACUCAAUAGAAUAUAAAUCAGGCAAGCUCACCCGUUGCUCCAAUAUCUCCACUACUGUACCCUAGUAGAUGUUUUGGUGUCAUGGCAACAGCUGGCCAAUCAAGAGACAGUCUGGAGAAAGGUCACGGCACAAUUUAGUAGAUUUUUUUUCCUUGUGCAUUCAUCUUAAGCUCGGUCACAAAUGCCAUUACGAACUGCUACGAACGC